AUGAAGAGGAAAGCUACUAAUACUUUGGGCAAUGAAGACCCAGCCAAGAUUAGCAAAGACUUAACAGAUGGUUCAGACAUUCACGGGGGAAAUUCCUCACAGAGUACAGACAAUGCUGACGACAGUGUGUUGACUUCUCCAAGAUCAUCAUCUGGUCGCCAGAGAAAAGCACCAGCAUGGCUUGCAUCAUAUGUUACCGAUGGCAGCACCACGAUAAAGGAAUCUUCAAAAUCAGAAAAGCCCAAGAUUCCUGCUUCCACAGCCUCACCUGUCAAGAAAAGAGGCCCCAAACCAUCGCAGCAGCAGCCUUUAAAGGCAGAUAAUGAGAAAUCAAAGGCUGAAGAAGAUCCACCUUCAUUGAGAAGGGGAUCCACUUUAAAAGUUGAAGACUCACCUCCGCACCCUCCCAAAAACAAAAGGAUCCCGCAUACUUUAACAGACUCUGCAUCCUUAAUAAGGAAAGACACAGAAAUCUUAAGCUCAUCAAGUGAUUCAGGGGAUAUUACUGUCAAACCUGAGCAGGUUUUGAAAAGUACAAGUGUGAAGCCUUUGCUUCAGAAUAACGUCGAUGAGUUUCCAGUCUCACUACAGUCAGCAAGUAUGUCAACCUUACAGUGUCAACCCUUACCAGAAUCACCUUCAGAACCAUCAUCCAAGGAAUACUUUACGCCCGAGUCUAAUAUUGAUUUGUACAGUGUGGAGGCACAGGAGUUGAACAUUUCUGAUGUAAUGGAAAUUUGUGACACCAAGAGUCUCAAUGGAGCAGACAGAUUAAGUGUCAAGGCAGCAGAUCCUUGUGUCAAAGGAGGAGAACUGUCUGUAGACGGGCCGGAGAAAUCAGUGAUCCUAGAAAAGCCGAAAAUGCUCGAAGUUGUGAUUUGUAUCAGCACAUCGGGAGCCAUGAGGGACUAUUUGACAGUAUUACAGGAGAAGACCAGAGAUUUGGUGUGGCAGCUGCAGUCGCUGAUUCCAGACCUGCGUGUUGGUGUGCUGGCUCACACUCAGGGUGGCAUCCAUGAUGACAAGCCGGGCAGUGGCAGCAGUGCCAUUGACCACAAUUAUAUCCGCACUGGUGGACAUAGUGGAACUAAAUGGCUGGACCUUGGGGCGACAUUUUCGCAGAUCUGUGCCUUCGUAGACAGUUUAGAACCAGAAGCCACAGUAUACCCAGACUAUGUACAAGACAAUCUGGAGAUGGCAUUAUGGAAGUUGCAGCGCUGCAUGAGCUGGAGUUCUUGUAGUUACCGAACUGUGGUGAUGAUCGGUCGGGGCAGGCCCAACAGGACCAGCUUCUACUUGCAGCGGGAGCACUGGAGAGGCUGGAUCAGAUCAGCGCUGGAGAUUGGACCAAAGGCAGAAAUCCCCGUCAUUGAUUGGGAGCUGGAAGCAAAACUGCUGGCUCAAAUGGGCAUCCAUGUCUUCACAAUUCAAGCCUCUUCAGCAAAGAUAUCAUCAGAGGAAGAUGAGGAUGAAGGAACCACUUUCUUCAGACGUGUAGCUGAAACUACAAAUGGCUUACAUAUAAGACUAACAGAAGCAUCCAAGCUUGUGGACAUCAUUGUUGGUGUGUGCUGUGCGUGUCAUGGGCCUGAUCUGCUCCAGAAACACCGAGACACUCUGAGAGAUGAGAAUGAUGGCGUGCUACCUCCACAGUUGAAAGAUAUUUUUGUUUCCCUUCAGCUUCAUAGUAAGAGAAGGUCACUGUCUACAAUCCCCUCGUUGGUUGGUGAUCUCAGUUUACUCAAGAGCCAGUUGGCCAAGGCAGAUGCUAACGGGAACAUCAGUAGUUCUGAGGAGGAGGAAGCUUCCGGAGAUGAGACAGUCCAGGUUGCUGGAGUUCAAGGACAAGACACAAUAGAAGAAGAUGGUCCAGUUCAGAAAACACCGAGAAAGAGAAAACCCCAGAAGAAAGCAAAGGAGAAGUCAACAGAAAGCCUGAAAAAUUUAGCAAAGAAGCAGAAGGCAGUUGUCAAUUCAGGUUCUAAAAUUAAAAACCUGAAGCCAAAAACUGUAAAAACAGGCAGCACUAAAAAAACAAAGACAAUAAAGGUAUUAAAGGAUGUUAAGAUUGUGCAGAAAGGCACAAAAAAUGUAGCUCCAAACAAAACAAAAGCAAACAAAAUGCCUGUCAGUAAACAAAGUGUGUCAAAUUCAAGUGUGAAAAAGCAGGGUUUAAAAGGACAGGAUAAGACAGCAAAAGCAACAUCAAAAAAGAUUCCAAAUAAAAGCAAGAAUCUAAAAGCAGCAGCAACAGUUUUAGCCGUGUCAAAGAAAAAUAUUAAAGCAAAUGCCAAAUCUGUGAAUGUUUUAGCAGCUCCACAAAAGAAAAACAAAAAGCCAGGAAAGUUAGUAUCUAAUCAGAGCUGA